AUGAUCAACAGUCUUGUAAAAGCACGAGCCCUCGAGAGGUUAGCUAAGCGAGUUAUGAAGCCAAACUGUGAAGUUUUCAUAAACCACAGGGGGGUUGACACGAAGAGAAGCAUAGCUACUUUGCUAUACGACCAGCUGUCAUGGCUGAACAUUCGUUCUUUCUUGGACAACAAGACAAUGAAACCAGGAGAUAAACUGUUUGACAAAAUCGACAGUGCAAUCAUGGGGUGCAAGGUGGGCGUGGCAGUGUUCUCGCCUCGCUACUGCGACUCUUAUUUUUGCCUGCAUGAGCUCGCUCUUUUCGCCGAGACGAAGAAGGUGGUGAUUCCCAUCUUCUGCGACGUGAAGCCCUCGCAGCUUCGCGUCUCACUAGACAAUAAACAAUAUUCGGAGGAGGAGCUCAGGCGCUUUGCUUGGGCUAUUGAACAGGCCAAAAACACCGUCGGCCUCACGUUUGAUUCCUCCAAAGGGAGCUUAGCUGAUGUAGUACGAAAAGCUUCAAAUAUAGUGAUCCGCACAUUGAUAGAGAUCGAGAUCAAGGAGAAGCAGAUGCAACAACGUCGUGACCAGAUGUUUCCAGUCCCAAUAUGA